CACCACGACAUGCACGGCUGAACGACAGGAGUGCGCCUUUGAAGAUGCUUGAUUGUCAAGGCACAAUUUCUGGUUGAGUGACAAGCCUGCCGUCCCAUCGCCACCAUGAUAGCCACAGGUGGCCUGCUGCGCAUGAACAGGCGCCAGGACUCCCUGCGCUCCAAAAACAGGGCGGAAAACAAGAGGAAGCGGAAAUCGAAGAAAAAGAAGAAGAACGACGUGGUGGUGGUGAAAGGGAAGCUCAACCUGUGCUCCCCGGCGGGUUGCGUGGCUGCUGUCGGAGUCGUAGUUCUCAUGGUGGGGGUCUCCAUGGCUGUACUGGGAUACUGGCCCAGUCAGAACCAGCAGCAGUACCAGGAGCGCCGCAGGACUGGAGCGUACCAUGUUAACAGGAUGAGCUACUCCAAAAGUCCGCCUGUUUCCUCUAACUUGACCCACAAUAAGCCUCCGUCCGGAAGUUCCCUCAACCAGAGCCAUUCUAACAGCAGCGCCGCCGACCCCUCCCCUCACUGCGGCUUGCUGUGUGACUUCCUGAAUAAUUACCUGUACUCAGACAAUCUGAAAGUCUUUGGACCGCUGGUGAUGGGGAUCGGAAUUUUCCUUUUCAUCUGCGCCAACGCGGUCCUUCAUGAGAACCGGGACAAGAAAACCAAAAUCAUCAACCUGAGGGAUAUCUACUCCACAGUUAUAGAUCUGCACAGCAUACGCUCGAAGGAGUACUCGCCCCUGAACGGUCUGGUGAACUACACUCAGUCGAGGAACGCAGAGGGCCCGUCGGGGUCGUUCCCUGCGAGCGGGAUGCUCACUCGCAGCUCCUGGCCCUCCACUGGACUCAGUCCACAGGGCGAGUUAGGCGGCGAUGAGUUGUUCAGGCGCCAGUCGUUGGUCAGCCGGCCUCGUAGCUGGUCCAGGGACGUCCAGACCUUCACGGACACCGUCUACAGCAUCUACAAAGACUACAGCAAUAGCAGCGAGCAGGCCCCGCAGCCCCGACAGUGGGAGACCACCUCCAUCGUCACCUCCUCUGUGAACGCUUUCACGCUCCCUGUGAUCAAACUCAACAACUGUGAGGUGGAGGAGAGAGCGGAGGCAGAGGGGCACUCGGAGGAAGGGGUCGUGAUCGAGGCCACUGCUGCUUCUGCUGCUGAAACAAUUAGCGAGGAGGCACAAGCGAGCAGCAGCCAGACCGACGAGACGGACGCCAAGGAGAAGGACGCCAAAGAGAAGGAUGUCUCGGAUUCUCCGCCGCCCCAUCAGAGCCAUGAGGACAUAAGCACAGACACAGCGGACCAACAACCACAGUCUCAACCACAUUGGACUCAGCUGUUUCCGCCAUCACCUGUUGCCAGGGCGAUGGGGUCACGGCUGUCGCUCAACUCCCUCACGGAUCAGCCCAGGUCUGCACGCCGCUGCAGCCUGUCUGUGUCUGUGUGUCGCCAAGGUGACAGAGCCAGGCGCUUCAGCUGCCCUCGUCUGGAGCGCUCCAACAGUAAGGGCUACAUCAAACUGGCUGACCUCGGGGGCGAGUCCUUCGAAGCCCCCGACACAGACACUUCUUUAGUGGCCACCGAACAGGAAGCAGCAACGGACGCAGAAGCAAGAGCGGCGGAGGAAGCAGCUCAGGGAGAGGACGUUCAGGUGACACCCAGCGCCUCUGCAGAGUCCUAGACUCUUUUAUUUUUUGCAGAUGAGCCUCUGAAAACUGUUUGAUGUCUUGUUCUUUGCUUCGUACCUUCUUCUCUGAUCGCUGAUGUGAAGCUGGCCAUUACAGAGGAAAGGAAACGCGGAGAGUAAGCAGCUAAAGGACUAUUGAAACAUAGCCAUGAACACUCGAGAGCACUGCUCUUUAUAAAUACCACAUCCACAGCUCCAUAUUCAGAUGUAAUUUUUCUAUUUUUUCAAUGUAGCAAGAGCAAUAUUAAAGACUUGUAAGAAGAUUU